GUUCACUUCCGGAUAAAACGAAAUUCGGACGUAAUUGUGAAAAGCUAAAUACUUUUUACUUUCUAGCACUUCUUUGGUUAUUUUCUAGUCGAAUAUACAUGGCAAAUGAUUAUUCAUCUGAAAGCGAGGAGGAAGUUUACAGGAAAAAGAAAACAAAGUCCGUAAAAAGGCAUCGCAAGUCACGCAGUUUGAGUCAUGAGAGAGCUCCAGCUCGAAAGAGGUCCAGAAGUCCCCAACCAAGAAUAAAACAAGAACCUCCAUGGACGCCACCUAGAGACAAAAGAGAGAGACGCAGAGACAGGUCGGCUGACAGAGAUCAUGUGGAGAGAGAGGAGAGAGGUCAUGUGAAACGGGAGCGAGAGGAAGACAAGGAUUACAGACACAAUGAGCGUGUCAGGGUGAAGCAGGAAAGACCAGACCGACAUGACAGAUCACACAGACAAAGGGAGGACCAACAAAGAGAAAGGAGACAAAAUGACGACCGCAGACGGCAGAAUCAUAGACAAAGGGGAAAUAACCCUUUCAGGACAACAGAGGAGGACGGUCUAGAGUUUGGGAGGCCGAGUGAUUCAAACGACAAAAACAAAGACAAGCCAGUGGAGAAAGAGAAACCUAACUUUGGUACAUCAGGAAAGUUGGCAGAGGACACAAACAUAUACAGAGGUGUGGUGAUAAAGUAUAAUCAACCUCCUGAAGCAAGGAAACCAAAAACGAAAUGGCGGCUCUAUCCCUUUAAAGGUGACGAAGCUUUACCUGUUUUACAUAUUCACAGACAGAGUGCCUAUCUCAUUGGUCGUGACCGUAUCGUUGUGGACAUUCCUGUUGACCACCCCUCCUGUUCUAAACAGCAUGCAGUGCUACAGUUCCGUUUAGUGGAAUUUCAGAGGGAGGAUGGCUCAACAGGAAGAAGGGUUCGACCAUAUAUCAUUGAUCUCGGGUCAUCUAACGGCACUUUUGUGAACAAUAAAAAGAUAGAUCCUGAGCGCUAUGUAGAGCUCCUGGAGAAGGAUAUGAUUAAGUUUGGGUUCAGUUCAAGAGAGUACGUGAUUCUUCAUGAUAAGUCAGACACUUCCGAGUUAGAAGAUCAGGGAGUUAUUUCUGAUUGAUCAGUGAAAGAUCGUGAAUUUGUAUGAAAUUUUGAAAAAAAAGCAACAUGAUAUUGGUAACCUUAACCCCUCGUCUCUUCUUUCUUGCAUUGGCGAGAGAGGAAAAGGGAAAGAGACUGGUCAUUUUAAGAUUUUAGCUGAAAUUUGGUUUUAAUAAACUUUCUAGGGUAAAUAAUUCAAUUUUGGAAACUGUAUAUGAUAUAUGUAUGUGUAGAUUGGCAGGACAUGACAAAAAGCUAAUAUUUAUGCAAAAUGUUCCGUUCAAAUGUUCAAAAAGCUAUUCCUAUCAUAUAGAAACAAUGCAUAUCAAAUCAUUGUGAAUAUUUCAUUUGUAUUGUGACAAGAAUCUGUGAAGAAAAAAAAUGCUGUCAAAUGCAAAUUUCUCUCAAUUGAUGAAAAUGGAGGGUAUAAACAAUCAUCAUUUUAGUUAGAAUUUCCCUGUGACAAAAUCAUUCGGACACUGUAUAUAUUUCACACGUUUGUUUUAUAAACAUCAUGGAAAUUACAUGUACAAAUAUAUAAUGCUAUCUUUUAUUUUCAUUGACACAUGCAGUGUGGUUUUUUGUCAUCAUGCAUCUUCAAGACAUUUGUACAUAUUACACAAGUUUUCAUUCUCAGCCUGUAAUAUCAUUUCCAUGUGAAAUUGAAAUAAAGAAUGAUCGUCAAAA